UACAGCAUGUGGUGGAAGUGUAGACAUGCUGUUCAACCCCUCCCUUUAGAUUCCUAGCCCUGCGGUUGAUUGACGUAGAGUCCCCACUCCACGUUGAGCUGACCAGUGAGGGAGUUCGGGCAAGGUCCCGGGUAUGUUCGGAGUGCGUUUAAAGGGUUGCGUUGGCACUUUCAUCUCCGGGCGAGCGUUCGCGAGUCUCUGUCAAGAGCUUUAUCCUCAGGGGAGAGCCAGGGUGAGCUACUGGUGCUGGGCGUUGUGCAAGGAGCGCGCCACUUGCCAAUAUCCCGCCGAUAUCCAUGGACUCUGACCGUAAUCUUCAUGACAUGCAUUGUUGGACUCUCUGAUCCCUCCGCAAGAAGGGAGCCUUUGUAGAGAGGAAAUAAGAGUGUGGCGAACAAAGCAAGAUCCACCAGUGACUGGACUUUGGGUUAUUCUUGCUGUCUUUUAGCCACUGUAUAAACUGACCUUGAGUGUAAUUUUUGAAAUUGGAGCAACUGGUAAAAGUUUGUGAGAAUGCUGCAGCAAAUAUUGGAGACUAUGUAUAUUGAUCCAGAUCUUCUGGCUGAACUUAAUGAAGAACAAAAGCAAAUACUGUUCUUUAAAAUGAGACAGGAGCAGAUUCGAAGGUGGAAAGAAAAGGAAAAACAACUGCAACUGGAGGAAAAACAAUGUGAACUGGAGGGGAAAAAACCUUCAAAGAGCGGGAAGUCGGUCAACUGGCUGCUGGCAGCAGAUAAUGACGUGUGGGUCUGGGUGAUGGGUGAAGGUCCAGGAGACAAACCCUACGAUCAAAUUUGUGAUGAAAUAAUUGCAGAGCGAGCAAGACUGCAGGCUCAAAAGGAAGCGGGGGAACUAAGGAAAGAGAAAGAAAAGGAAUUGGUCCGAAGAUUCUCAGGCUCAUUUAAAUUGGGGGAGAAAACUAUUAAACAUGACUCAGAACAGAAGGAAGUCGAGAUGAAAGCAAAGGAUGAGGCUACCAAAGCAGCUGCUGAACAUGAACAAAUCCAAAUGGAACUCAAGCAAAAAGAAGAGGAGGAACGCAGGAAACAAGAAGACGAGAUCAGGCGUCUAGAAGAGGAGAGGACUCAGCAGUUGUACAUUAACCUGAAGGAGGCCCAGGAAAUGGUACAAAGAAAUGAAAAAGAAGAUCCAGUAUGGCGUGAGAGCCUAAGGAAAUCCAAGGUAGCUGAUGAGAGGCGAAGGUCAAUAGCUAAACAAGCACGUGAUGAUUAUAAACGGCACUCUCUGAAGGCGAUCGAGAGGGGAAAGGUAUCUGCAAUUUCACAGAACUUUCAAAAGCUCCAGUCUCCAGCGAAACCUCCCGUUCCUCCACGUAGAUUUGCUGUCAAUCGUAAGGAGUGCAAUGCAAAAACAGAAGCACAGCCGCCAAAACCGAACAACAGUAGGGAGAGCAUCAUCAAAUGGUUCAAAGAACAGCAGAUCCCACUGCGAGCUGGAUAUGAAAAGCACAGUGAUGUCAUAGCUCCCUGGUUUCAUGGCAUUAUAACAAGACGAGAGGCUGAGGACCUCCUGAAAAAGAAGACAACUGGAUCAUUCCUAAUCAGAAUUAGUGAGCGGAUGAUUGGUUACUGCCUGUCCUAUCGAAGCAGUGAUGGGUACAAGCAUUUCCUGAUUGACUCCUCCAAGGACUCAUACACAUUCUUUGGUGUAGACCAGUUACAGCAUGCAACACUUGCAGACUUGGUAGAGUACCACAAGGAUGAACCAGUCACAUUUGCAGGUGCUGAACUCUUGCGUGAACCUUGUGGCCAACAGGGUGACCCUCCAGACUAUGACUAUCUCUUCAACUGAAGCCAAACAUCCAGCAAUUGUGACCAUUAUGGACCGCCUUCAUUUGAGUGAAGAACUGGGUGAAGUUAUUGAGCUUGCCAAUUAUGCUUCCUCUGAGAAGCUCUAGCAUUGUAGAAAAGGAGGGGAGGGGAAGCUUGGAAUCAAAAUAGACAGUAUUUGUUCAUCUAUAUUUUUACAGAACAAGUUUACAUUCAAGUUGAAAAUCAGUUACAUUUUCAGAAGGACCAUGUUGCAAUGGUGCACACCUGGUAUAUUACAGAUUAAGAAUCCUUUCUGUAGAGUUUGAACUAAACUAUGCAAGUACACUUAAAUUACCAGUAGAUGAAAAAUACAUUGUACAGUUAAUUUGUAUUCUUCCCCUUGUUGAUUGAUGGGGUUACACUAGUGAUGCAAGUCUCUUAAUCUUAUCAGUAUGUUGUGAAAAAAAUGUAUUUUCAUACAGCUGCCAAUUUUUUAAAUGAUUGUGCUGUCUGCAUAAUUUAGGAAAAUAAAGGGAAAUUGAAGAACCAUGUGUUCUAGACAGUUAAGUAGGAUAAUUUCUAAAAAUUAUCUAAGCCAUUGAAUUUUCCAAUUAUUGUUGUACUUUGUAUUUAAUAAAGUGGAACGAUGACUAUA